GCUAUCACCGAAUUUCUCCGAUCAGUCGCACGGGAAUAUUCGCUCCGACCAGAAAUACAACGUAGCCCUCCCCACAAAACAGUGGAUCCCGAAUAUAAUCCUAGCAAAUAUAAAUCAUGGAGGUGCAAGUGGGAUGGCCAAAGCUGCUCAAGAUGGGAGCCCAGUUGGUGGGCCAUAAGGUGCAACAGUACCGGCUCUCCACUGGUCACACAGUGAUAUUGGACACCAAAUACGGACAGGUGCGCGGACUCCAAAGGAAGACGGUCUACGACAAGGAGCCGUACUUUGCCUUCGAGGGCAUUCCGUACGCCAAGCCCCCCGUGGGUGACCUCCGAUUCAAGGCUCCUCAGCCACCGGAACCCUGGCAAGGAGUGCUCAACUGCACUACCAAUCGAUCCAAGCCCAUGCAGAGGAACAUGCUCCUGGGAAUUGUCGAGGGCAGUGAGGAUUGUUUGCACCUGAACGUUUAUGUCAAAACCUUGAAGUCGGAAAAACCGCUGCCCGUAAUUGUGUGGAUUUAUGGAGGUGGUUUCCAAAAGGGCGAGGCCUCCAGGGAUAUUUACAGUCCGGAUUACUUCAUGAAGAAGCCAGUGGUAUUCGUCGCUAUCAACUACAGGUUGGCAGCACUAGGCUUUCUCAGUUUAAAGGAUCCGAAGCUGGAUGUUCCUGGCAAUGCGGGACUCAAGGACCAAGUAAUGGCUCUGCGUUGGAUAAGCCAGAACAUCGCCCACUUUAAUGGCGACCCCAACAACAUCACAUUGAUGGGAGAAAGUGCAGGAUCCGCUUCUGUCCACAUGAUGAUGACGACGGAACAAACACGAGGUCUCUUCCACAAGGCUAUCAUGCAGUCGGGAUGUGCUCUCAGCGAAUGGGUGGAAGGUCCUGAUAACAACUGGGCAUUCCGGCUGGCCCAGAACCUGGGCUACAAGGGCGACGAGAAAGACGCGGAUGUAUUAAGCUUUCUUAGUAAGGUUAGCGCUCGCCAGAUAGCGGCUAUUGAUCAGGACGUUAUCAAUUUGGACGAGCUCCGAAGCUUUCUACUAUUCGCCUUUGGUCCUGUAGUAGAACCCUACGAAACCGACCACUGUGUGGUGCCCAAAAGGCACAAGGAUCUGUUGUCCGAGGCGUGGGGCAACGAUAUUCCUGUGAUUGUCGGAGGAAAUUCUUUCGAGGGCUUGUUUUCUUACCAAUUGGUGAGAAAUGAUCCUUGGGCCUUGAAAAACUUCCACAACAUCCUGCCAAGGGAGGUUAGAGAAACCAGCAGCCUGGAAGGCCAGGAUCUACUGGUUCGGCGACUAAAGCAACUCUACUUCAACAACGAGAUGCAGGAAUCGAUGGAGAUGUUCGAGGCUCUGAACAUAUUUUCGCAUCGCCAGAUUUGGCACGAUACGCAUCGCUUUAUUCUCGCCCGGCAAUCUUAUGCUCCCAAAACGCCCACGUAUCUAUAUCGUUUCGACUUCGACUCCCCGCACUUCAAUCAAUUUCGCCGACUGGUGUGCGGCGAUCGGAUUCGCGGAGUAGCCCAUGCUGAUGAGUUAUCGUACCUGUUUUACAACAUCAUUGCCUCCAAAUUGGAUAAGUCAUCGAUGGAAUACAAAACCAUUGAGAGAAUGGUGGGCAUGUGGACGUCGUUUGCCUCCAGUGGGAAUCCGAAUUGCCCAGAACUGGGAUCUGCCAAAUGGGAGCCCGUUCUGCUUAAAGAAAAUUCAGUGGAGAAGUGCUUUAACAUCAGCCACGAUCUUGAGAUGCGGGAUUUGCCGGAGGCCGAUUGCCUGGCCGUUUGGGAUACAUUUUAUCCCAGGGAGUCGCUCUUCUAGUUCUCAAAUCUAAUUUUAAGGUUAAUGUAAGUGCUCCAGAUGUUUUAUGAAGUUACCAUUUGAGUGUAAAUAUCUUAUUCUUAAGUAUAUUCUUUAAAUUCCACUUUAUCUCUUGUCUGUUUAAUGAAUAAUAUUGGCAACAUAAUAAUUGAAAUGACUUCUGAAUAUAAUAAAGACUGUCAUUUAAGACUACUCAAAA